UUCAUGUGUCACUUCUUAAAAAAGCCAAAAGGACUCUUUAGGGCAGCCUGUGCUGCAUGUUGUUGUUGACAACUAUGCUAUUUGCUGGAGCAAAAGUUUCGUCUUGGUCCAGAACACCUUCUUAUGGGCCUUGUCGAUAUGAUAUACCUGUAUUAAAGAACAGUUCACGCGUCCUCACAGUUGAAUACUAAAGCUAUCCAGUGUGUUUCCAGCGGAGCUAGCGUUAGCCAGAGCUAGCGGCUAGUUUGUUGCCACAAAAGCAGUGAUGGAGUGGAUGGGCAACGGACGCCCGGUUUGUCCAGGAGAAGAAUCUGCGACAACUAGAGGAAAUAACCAUGUCCAAUCUCAUCAGCAGCAGUCCCUGUCAUCACAGCUUUGCGAUAGUGCAAUGGCAUCUCUUUGUCAGAGCCAGCAGAGCUGUGUGAAGGCCUCAGUCAUGUCUGGAUGGAGACUUGCUGAGGCCCAGGAUCAGUUGUGUUCCCUGGAGGUUCACAGCUCCGAAUCUGUGGAGCAGGAAAGGGCUCGGACCAGGGUCUGUCCCUCUGAACUCUCACACACAGAGCAGGAAUGGCAACGCAAGGAGAGCAUGUUGGGCAGUCUGGAGCCCAGCUGCAGCCCUGUCAUGGGAGUCUCUGCAAGCUGGGAUGUUUUUAACAAAAGUAUAAUUAAUGUUCAAUAUCCAAGUCAGCCUAUAGACCAGGAACAGGAGAGCUGCAAAACAUUUAUCCAAAAAUAUGAAGAAGAGCUUAGACAUUUUGGUAUGCUGCAUAGAUGGGACGAUAGUCAGCGCUUUCUUUCAGACAUACCUCACCUUAUUUGUGAAGAAACUGCAAACUUUUUAAUUCUAUGGUGUAUCACGUUACAACAAGAAGGGAAAGAAGCACUGAUGGCACAGGUAGCUCACCAAGCUGUGGUCAUGCAGUUUAUCCUGGAGAUGGCGUCAAACUCUAAUCAGGAUCCUCGAGGCUGCUUUAGACAGUUUUUUCAUAAAGCCAAAGAAGGAAGUAACGUCUACCAGGAAGUCUUCCAUUCAGAGUUGGAGGCCUUCAAAGUUCGAGUUAAGGAUUAUGCAUUCAAGUGUAAAGAGAAGUCAAUAAACAGUGCUGGGCAACAGAGAAGUGACCCUAAAGACUCUUUACCCUCAGUGGAAGAGUGCUCUAUGAAACAUGGACUAUGGACAAAUACAGUUAGGUUGACAAAGGAAGACAAUGCAGAAUCUGAGGAUAUUCUCAUGAUGGAAACAUCUUAAUGCAACUUCUCGCUCAAUGAAUGCCCCAAGUUCACACAGACCAGGAAUACAUGGCAUGGUUGGCUAGGCUGUGGUUGACAACUGAACAGAGCUUCCACUAGUUUACACUAAUCAAUAUUGCUGUUUUUGUGUAUGUGAGGUUGGUCUCUGAAUCCACUACUGGCUAGGCUUUUAGCUGCAUGACAACUAAGUGCCAUAGCUUUUAAUUCUAACCAUUGUUUUACUAUUUUUAUUACCCUUAUCAUCCUCAGACCUGACAAUGUAUAUUAUGUAUUCAUUAUAAUUACAUUAUAAUUGUAACUGAAUAAUCAUGGGUUCACAAUUCCAAAUUACAAUAUUUAUAACUUUUAUUAGCUUUGACUGCAUAAAAUAUAUGGAGAGUGUUGCUAUGGCACUAAGUUGACAUGAUGGACUCGGGUGAAUACUUCAUCUUGCAAUGAAUAAUCUAAAUGAAUCUACAACAAGCAAAGGAACUGUUUUGAUCUAAGUGUUUUUGGUGUGUUUUGAGUUUUAGGGUAGCACACAUUAAAACAGAAUCUCAUUUGGGGAAAAAUGAAUGCAGUCAAUGCUUUUGCAUCCUUCAAAGCAUUCAGCAUUUAAAUUGAUGUGAUGACAUAAUCUUAACUGCGCAUUAUUUCUUGAUAUGAGCAGUUCAUAAACCAAAUUUGCCCUUCUAAUUAAUUUGUAGGAUUUAUCAUUGAAACUGAGGGUGGAGGGUUAUUUUCCUUUUUUUUUUUUUUUUGGUCUGUUUCAUAAAAUGUAAUAUUUUUAUCAGCUGCUAAAACAUUGCUAAUAAAUAUUCAUUUAUCUUUUUUUCUUUUUUUUCUAAUCCAAUCAGUGUUCAGUAAACUCAGCGUAGGAUCUUUUCCGGUCACAUAAAAUUCCUCGUUUUGCUUGAAUUUUCAUUUGGGAUUUUUAGCCCAUCAGCUUUCCUUCUUUUAAACCAAUGUUUGCAUGUUCUUGCACAUGUGAUUUGCUUCACUAGGCAAGGCAUUUGAUAACCAAUCAGGAGAUUAAAGGAAUGGUUAGGACAAGGGAGGUAAAUUAACUGACAAAAACACCUGUAGCUGUGUUGAUCUUGCAGAAUACAUUGUCUGCAUUGGAAUGUGUCCAGCACUUUAUGCUUGCUUCUCAGAAAACUGUUCAAGUUUGUAGUCAUGUGUUUCACACAUUUUACAUUAAAAUAAAGUCUGCUUUGUUGUUGACCA